CAAAUUGGGGUUUAGGGUUUUCUAAAUUGAGAAAAGUUUCGUUAAUGAUGAAGGCUGCGAUGAAUCCACAGCUACUUGAGGAUGAUGAUGACGACGGAGCAGGAAGUGACGAUUUGAUGGAUGAUGAUGUCUGCGUGGCGGAGCAAAUAGGCGUAGAGGGUGUUUCAACGAGAACAAGUGAGCUCACUCUCUCUUUUGAAGGAGAGGUCUAUGUCUUCCCUGCUGUCACACCUCACAAGGUGCAAACUGUUCUCUUGCUAUUGGGAGGGCGUGAUAUACCUACUGCUGUUCCUACACUUGAGCUUCCAUUUGAGAAUAGCAGGGGUGUGGGUAAUAAUCCCAGGCGAUCAAAUCUGUCAAGAAGACUAGCUUCUCUAGUUAGGUUCCGUGAGAAGCGUAAGGAACGAUCUUUUGACAAGAAAAUAAGAUAUAAUGUGCGAAAAGAAAUUGCUCAGAGGAUGCACCGUAAGAAUGGACAGUUUGCAUCCGUUAGAGAAGGUUCAGGUGGUUCGAACUGGGAAUCUACCCAGAGUGGCCUUCAAGAUGGCACAUUGCACUCUGAAACUGCCACUAGGAGAUGUGAGCACUGUGGGGUUAAUGAAAGUAAUACUCCUGCAAUGCGCCGAGGGCCAGCCGGACCGAGGACUUUGUGUAAUGCUUGUGGUCUAAUGUGGGCCAAUAAGGGAACGUUGAGAGAUCUCAGCAAAGGAGCCAGGACUCUUUCUGUUUCUCAGACUGAACCUGAAAACCAAAUGGAUAUCAAACCACUGUACAAAGAAGACUCAAGCAAGCAAGACGAAGAUGGAGUUUCAGUAGAUCCUUCUAAAGCAAUAGGAGAGCUUCCCAUUGAAACCAAUGGCAAUCCCGAUAUUAAGGGUUUGCAAGAAGCAGAUGAAGAUUUGGCCAGUUAUUUGCCUGUUGAAAUGUUGUCCGCAUCGGCCGAUGAUGAUUAUGAAGAUCAGGAACCUCUUGCCAAUCUGGCUAAUCCAUCUGAUACAGACUUUGAUCUACCUUCUAGCUUUGAUUAGUUAGAAGCACAUCAGGUAGGUAUGAUAUUCACCAGACAGAUGCUUUAACAUGACUAUUAGAUGCGUAUCUGUGAGGCUGCUUCAUCAGACGGAACACAGCUUUGUCCAAUGAGGCAAGCUCGUGUAGUUGUAACAAUAGAAAAUAAAUAAAUACACAAGUU